GAGGCAGGAGGGGGCAGAGUCAAGAGGAACAACUACAACAACAUCGAGACCGAGAGACGGAACGGAGAACGGCACCACCAACACAGACACAGCCCGACCAAACACAGCAGCCAGCAAGCCUCAAACCUCGCAUCACCACCUCCAUCCCCGUGGCAGCAGCAGCAAGCCACCAGCCGCCGCCGCCGCCGCCGCAGCACCAGCAGCAGCGUGCCUCUGUAACCUUCCUGCCGCCGCGAGAGGAGCUCGUCCCAGCGGCAGCACGUCUCAGCAGCGGCGCCGGGAGACCAGCUGGAGAUCGGUUUCUGCAGCACCUGCCUCCUCUCCUCCUCCGCGCCAGGGGGAGCGCGCGCGCGCGCCAGCCAAGUAAUUUUUGGUGAGUGGGCUGCACACGCAGAUAAGCAGGACCGGAGGAAGAGUACAAUAUUCUCUGGAUAUCCAGUUGUAGAUAAAUACCUUCUGGUUCAAUUGUAUUUACAUGGAAUCUCUUUCCUGAGAGAUGCCAACAUCUAAGCCACCAUCGGUGCCACCGGCACCAAGCCUGCAACCAUUACCAUCAUCUGCAGUACGACAGAACAGUCGUAUUGACCUUCGUGAGAUCAAGUCCAAGAUUGUUAAGACGAUUGGGCCAGAACGAGCAAAGAAGUACUUUCAACAUCUGGAGAGAUUCUUAUCAUCAAAAUUGAGCAAGAAUGAGUUUGAUAAGCUGUGUCUUGUGGCACUUGGCCGGGAGAACCUCCCAUUGCACAACCACCUCAUCCGUUCUAUUCUUUUCAAUGCCUCUGCAGCGAGUGGCCCACCAGCAAUUAAUGCAUCUAAGAUGGCUGAAGAUGUCACCAAUUCAGAACAUACAAUGGUUCCGCAUGUCUGGAAUGGUGACACUUUGAGCAAGCAUGUCAACGACAAACACUCAUUGAGCAGAAGUGUGAACACAUUAACACAGCAUUCAUCACUGACUCAUGGUGAGACUAUCAAUAGGGAGAAUGGUGCUCCAAAUUUGAUUGGUUUGAAGAGAUAUACACAGCUUCGGCAAAGUGAGCAUGUGGAGCCAUUUACCAAGCGAUCAUGUAUGGGGAAGGCACCAUUGAAUUUUCAUGGCUCUCUACAUAGCAAUGGACCUUCUGCUAUAAAUGCUAGAGAAUCCUUGGGAGAAGAAAUUACACAACAUGCUCAAGUUCUGGUGCAAGCUCCAAUUGGGAUUCAGUUUGGCUCUGCUAAUUUUUGCCAGGCUAAAAAACCUUCAGCCAUUGCUUCUGUCAGUUCAGACAAUAGCUCUAUUUGUUGUUAUGACCUUGGUGAACUAUGUGAUACUUUGUCACUUAGAAAGAAAAUGGAAAAAACAGCACAAAUGGAAGGCUUGGAAGGGGUCUCAGUAGAGUGUGCUGAUCUGUUGAAUAAUGGAGUUGAUGUUUUCUUGAAGCAAUUGAUUGGAUCUUGUGUUGAGCUUGUUGGAGCAAGGUCUCAACAUGGUAAACUAAGCCAUGCGGCACUGAAGCAGCAGUUGGGCCGUAAGAUAGUAAAUGGUGUAUCACUGCAAAAUCAUACCCAUGUGCAGGGUGGCAUUAUACCUCCAGGGUCUAAGUCAAUCUCAAUGCAAGACUUAAAGGCAGUGUCAGAGCUAAACCCUCGUCUGCUUGGGGUCAACGCAUCAGGGCUACUUGAAAAGAUCAAUUCACAUGACUAAUUGGAUGGAGCAAGUUGGGUUUUUCACAUUGCAAGAUUGUACCAACUUGAUGGUGUCUCUUGCUUCAUGGCCUUUGUAUUCAGGUCAUAACUUACCGAGGGUGGUGAAACCUGGAGAAGGCAGGCAGACUUUCUAGUUUGUACAGUAUGCUGAUAAUGCUGUAUCUAAUAUCCUGCGCAAAUUUUGAAAUAAGCAAAGUUCUGAUUAUCUUCUAGAAGGCUAGAGGCUGUAUAAUAGACCCAUCCGUUGUCUGCAUCCAAGCACCAGUAAAGAGGCAUAAGUGCUUAACAGAACUAUGGUGCAGGGCUUCAAAUGAAUUGAUGAGCCAUGACUCUCCUCCAGGAACCCAUGCUGAUGGCACCAAAUCUGUAAAUGGGCCAACAUCCAGGAUCUGCCAAAGUCGUGUUUUAUUGUCUGCGGCGAAUGUAUCUGGCAGAGGAUGCAAAGACGGCACAGAGCAGAAUUCGGUCGCUAUUUCCCUGGAGCUGGCUGCCUAUUGGAAAGAAGUGGAAGGGCCUCUUAUCCCCAUGGUACAGAUGAUGGGUUUUUGGUCUCUAUUUACCUCCUGACCUGACAGUUGCUAGAAAAUUGCAAUCCCAGUUGUACGUCCCAUGGAGCUUUCACAUACAGAAGAGAUGCAGUAAGAAGCCCCCCGCCCAACGAUCAAUACUGAUACUGACUGCUGUGCAGGCGUCCUCAGAGCUGUACAAUCAUUGUAAUAUGUGUAGCAUUACUCUAGCGAAAUCAUCGGUGCAAAAAUGUGUGCCAUCAGUCAUGACCAUGUGCAACACAAGUGUGAAAAUUUCACAAAUCUAACAUGUGUGGCAUCAGCA